AUGGCGGUCCUCCACCACUUCCUGGCCGUCCUCGGCCUGCUCACCCCUGUCAUACACGCCGCCGUGCCUCCUCCCCUUCCCCUCCACUCGUCCAGCCGCUGGAUACUCGAUGCCAACAACAACCGCGUCAAGCUCCGCUGCGUCAACUGGGCCGGGCACAUGGAGACCAACGUCCCCGAGGGGCUGCAGCACCAAUCCAUCGACUACAUCGUCGACUGGAUCGCCGCCCAGAACUUCACCUGCGUGCGCCUGACCUACAGCACCGACCACGCCCUCAACCCGGACCUGCCCGUCGCCUCCUCCUUCGCGGCCGCGGCUACCGCAGCCGGCGUCCCGGCCGCGGACAUGACGGCCCUGUACAACCGCGCCGUCUCCCACAACCCCUGGAUCACGCCCAGCACCACCACCCGCGACGUCUUCGCCGCCGCCGUCGACAAGCUCUUCGCUCGGGGGGUCCUGACCCUCCUCGACAACCACGUCAGCAAGGCCUCGUGGUGCUGCAACAUCAACGACGGCAACGGCUGGUGGGACACCGGCUUCGGCUACAACCCGUGGAACAGCCGGUACUUCCACACGCAGAACUGGCUGGACGGGCUACGGGCCAUGGCGGCCUGGUCGCGCUCGCACCGGGGCGUCGUCGCGAUGGGCCUGCGCAACGAGAUCCGCGAGUUCCUGCUGCAGGGCAGCCUCAACGGCCGCGCCGACUGGUUUAGGUACGUCAAGCAGGCCGGCGACCUCGUGCACGCGACCAACCCGGACGUGCUGGUGGUCGUCGGCGGGACGCAGAGCUCGACCGACCUGCUGCACGUGCGUGACGAGAGCAAGAUGCUUGACACGAGCGGGUGGGCGGGAAAACAUGUGUGGGAAAUGCAUGCGUACAGCUUCACUGUGACGUACCCGGACGUGUUUGAGAACUGCGACAUUGUGAAGGCGCAGUACGGUGCCUUCGUCGGGUUUGUCUUGGAGCAAGGCAAGGCGUACACGGGCCCGCUGAUCUUGAGCGAGUUUGGUGUCGGUAUGGAAGGCGGCGAGGUUCAGUACCAGGGGCUGAGCGAGAAGGACGAUCGCUACCUCAAGUGUUUGGUGUCGUAUAUGCGGGGCAACGACGCCGACUGGGCCGUGUGGGCGAUCCAGGGGAGCUAUUAUGUGCGAGAUAAGAAGGUGGAUUCUGACGAGACGUGGGGGUUGAUGAACCACGACUGGACCGACUGGAGGAAUCCCGCGUUCCCGGGUAUGCUGGGGGAUAUGUGGAAGAUGACGCAGCAGCCGUGA